CCUGUAAUAUAAUCUCCGCUGUUGCAUGACGUUCACAUACAUGGAAAUUAAAUUUCUCAGCAGCAUGGUCAGAGACAGGGAUUGACAGGCUGGACUUAAUGUUGGAAGGUUUCAAAUGCCCUAAUAUCGAUUUAUUUGUCACUGUAAGCCUAUUCCUUUGUAUAAUUUACUAUUAUCUUAUUUUGUUGACUUUGUGCUACAUUAUUGACUGUGUGUGGAUGUUCAGUUUUUAAAAAAUCUUAGUUCAUGUGUUAUUUAUAGCUCAGUAAACCUUCCUGAAACAAAUCACAUCUGCGUAAAAUCACGCGCAUGUCACGUGGCCCUUAGCGGGAGUCACAUGAUGUAGUGGUUCGUUUUGUUCAGGCGGAUCUGUUGUUGAAGACGUCGAAAGAAGUUGCUUUUUGAAGAGAACCCUUAUCUGGCUACCAAAGUGAGCAGAGGAGCCGUAUUGUACGUGUUUUUCGGCUAGAAGUGAGUGAAGUUCAGCGAUGUUUGCCGUGGGUUUGCUGGUGUGUUUGCUGUCCGUGUUUCCUUUCAGCUGCCGGGCUCAGUAUGCUCCUGAUGAGGUGACCCACCUGCCAGGCAUGAUGUUCAAACCCAACUUUCGACAGUGGUCAGGGUACCUCCAGGCCCAACCGGGGAAGUUUCUUCAUUACUGGUUUGUGACGUCUCAGAGGGACCCAGUCAAAGAUCCACUGGUGCUCUGGCUGAACGGAGGCCCGGGCUGCAGCUCACUCGUUGGAUUGCUGACAGAGAACGGACCUUUCCAAGUGAAUAAUGAUGGGACCAUGCUGUAUGAGAACACGUUCAGCUGGAACAAGAUUGCCAAUAUGCUGUAUCUAGAAUCUCCUGCAGGAGUGGGAUAUUCCUACUCUGAUGACCGUAAAUAUGCAACCGAUGAUGACCAGGUAGCUGAAGAUAAUUAUAGAGCAUUGCAGAGCUUCUUUGUCAAGUUCCCAAAUUUCACUCAGAAUGAGUUCUUCAUCUUUGGAGAAAGUUAUGGUGGAAUUUAUGCACCAACCCUCAGCCUGCGUGUGGCUACAGGAACUACCAAAAUCACCUUCAAGGGCUUUGCAGUGGGAAAUGGCUAUAGCAGCGAGGUAGUCCAUAUACAAAGUUUGGUCUACUUUGCUUACUACCACGGCCUCUUGGGAGAACAGUUGUGGACUGAUCUGAACAUACAUUGCUGUGACAAGUGGGACUGUAACUUUUACAACUCCAGUUCAGAAAUCUGUGCGGAGAUGGUGCAUGCAGUCAUAAACAUUGUGUAUGAAAUUGGGCUUAAUAUGUAUUCCCUUUACCUGGAUUGUGAGGGUCUAAAAACAUCCCUCCAAGGCUACGAGAGGAUCAUGAGUCUUCUGUUUAAGAAGAACUACAGGAAACACCCACACAUCCAUAAGUUUUCAGAUCCAAAGAGUUCCUUUGCUUCGGUGGGUUCAGUCCCUUCCUGCCUGAACGAUACGGCUGUGAUAACCUGGCUGAACAGAGGUGAUGUGAGGAAGGCUUUACACAUUCCAGAUGCACUGCCGCCAUGGAACGUCUGCAGUGAUGAAGUUGGCAACCUAUACAACAACACUUACGAGACGAUGAAGGAGGUGUAUCAGAAGCUUCUCUCUCUGGGCCUGCGGGUGCUUGUCUACAACGGAGACACCGACAUGGUCUGCAACUUUCUGGGAGGCCAGUGGUUUGUGGAUGAUCUCGGUCUGAAGGCAACCACCGAGUAUCAGCACUGGCUUCAUGAAAAACAGGUAGCUGGUUUCUACCAACAGUUUGGAAACCUCACUUUCCUGACAAUCAAGGGCACCGGUCACAUGGUUCCUCAGUGGGCUCCAGGUCAAGCUUUUCACAUGUUCCAGUCUUUCCUAAUAAAAGGCCCCUACUGAGCCACGACAAA